UGGAGCGGAUGGCCGAGCGGGCUGAUCAGAGCUAGCUGACAGUGUAGAGGGCCUGUUGCUGUAAGCCGGGUGUACAGGAGUGGAGGAUGCUGGACUUCGCUAUAUUCGCCAUCACCUUUCUGCUGAUCUUGGUGGGAGCAGUCCUGUACCUGUACCCGUCUUCCAGGCAAGCAUGUGGUAUCCCCGGGCUUGCUCCUACAGAAGAGAAAGAUGGAAAUCUGCAAGAUAUUGUAAAUACAGGAAGUUUGCAUGAAUUCCUGGUCAACUUACAUGAGAAGUUUGGACCUGUUGCUUCUUUCUGGUUUGGUCGUAGACUUGUAGUAAGUCUUGGAUCCUUAGACCUCCUGAAGCAACAUAUAAAUCCUAACAGAACAUCUGAUCCAUUUCAGACGAUGCUGAAAUCCCUCUUGGGUUAUCAAUCUGGAGUUAUCGGAGAAGCAGCUGAAAGUCAUAUACAGAAAAAGCUGUAUGAGAAUGCAAUAAACAAGUCUUUGCAAAGUAACUUCAGUGUAAUAAUUAAGCUUUCAGAGGAAUUGCUGUCAAAGUGGAUUUCCUACCCUCAGGGUCAGCAUGUGCCCCUGUGCCAGCAUAUGCUUGGGUUCGCCAUGAAAUCUGUCACUCAGACUGCAAUGGGAAGCAGCUUUGAAGAUGAUCAAGAAGUUAUCCGUUUCCGUAAAAAUCAUGAUGUUAUUUGGUCUGAGAUUGGAAAAGGUUUCCUUGAUGGCUCAAUAGAAAGGAGUCCAAGUCGGAAAAAGCAAUACGAAAAUGCUCUGAUGGAGAUGGAAGCUUUGUUAAAGAAAGCUAUUAAAGCGCGAAGAGGGAAAAAUCUUGGACGUUAUGUGUUUGUGGACUCCUUACUACAAGGGAACCUUGGUGAUAAGCAAGUUCUUGAAGACAGUAUGAUAUUCUCUUUGGCAGGAUGUGUGAUAACUGCAAAUUUGUGCACAUGGGCCAUUUAUUUCCUAACAACUGCAGAAGGUGUUCAGGACAAGUUGUACAAAGAGAUAACCCGAGUCCUUGGGAAAGGGCCUAUCACAGUGGAGAAAUUGGACCAGCUCAGCUAUUGCCGUCAGAUAUUGUCCGAAACAGUGAGGACGGCAAGGCUAACCCCAAUCUCUGCCCGUCUACAAGAGCUGGAAGGGAGAGUAGACCAGCAUGUUAUUCCUAAAGAGACACUUGUGCUCUAUGCGCUUGGUGUUGUUCUUCAAGACAGCACGACCUGGCCAUCUUCAUACAGGUUCAAUCCAGACAGAUUUGAAGAAGAGUCCGCUGGACAGAACCUUUCUUUGCUGGGCUUUUCAGGAAGUCAGGAGUGUCCAGAGCUUAGGUUUGCCUACAUGGUUGCAACAGUCCUUCUCUGCGUCCUUGUACGAAAACUGCAUUUGUUACCUGUGGAAGGUCAAGUGAUGGAGACCAAAUUUGAGCUAGUGACUUCUCCUAAAGAAGAAGCCUGGAUCACUGUGUCGAAAAGAAGCUAAGCCAACAAGUCAGUGGGCUUACUUCAUGGUCAGCUGAGGAGGUCA